AUGGCUGAUUCGAAUGUUGCACUCUCACUUAUCGAACAAAAUCUGAAAUUGGAGAAGCAUGUAGAGGAGGAUAAGGUUGAUGUCACUUUGUUCAAACAAAUUGUAGGAUCUUUGUGGUACGUGUGCAAUAAUAGACCUGGUAUAGGUUUCUCGGUCGAAUUGGUGAAUAGAUACAUGGAUGAACCAAAGGUGUCACAUAUGAACGCUGUAAGGACAAUCCUGAGAUACCUAAAAGGAUCAUUAAAUUGUGGAAUCUUGUUUCUACAAUAUAUUGACGACAAAGAAAUUAUGAUCAAUUACUAUUCAGAUCCUGAUUGGUGUGGAGAUAAAAAGGAUAGAAGAGACACAACUAGCUAUUUCUUUCAAGUGUUUGGUGCCUCAAACUCAUGGUGCUCGAGAAAGCAGCAUGUGGUGGCAUUAUCAUCAAGUGAGGUUGAGUAUAUAACAUGA